UUCAGUUUCGUUUUUAGCUUCGGCGCGUCAGGCAGCAAUCGCAGCGCCAACCAUAAAAUAAAAUAAACUUAUAAAUAAAAGAAAAAAAGUAAACAAACAAUCGUGUAAUACACGCGCUUUAUAAGUUAAGUUAUAAACCCAAUUACGUGAUUUGCUUGUGCGCAAUUUAACAUUUUGCCGACGCUGCCUUCGCGCUGCCUUCACGCUGCUGAGCAUCGCUGUCGUCGUCGUCGCUGUCGUUGUCGUUGUCCGGCGUACACGUUGUUAAUACCGCCUCGUGGCUAAGACAGCUGUUAGAGUCGCAGCUGUCAGAAACAGUUGGCCAAAAGCGAACUGAGCAACAUAAUAACGAAUGCAAAGGCAACAGAUUCAUUCGAAAUGUAUAUGAAGUUCGUCGCUUAAGUCUUUUGUUUCAUCUCUGUGCGAGCGCGCGAAUCUCAUCACGCGCGAAUCUCAACGAAACAAAGUGUACAGAUAACAAGAUUGAAAUAAACGCGAUUGUUUACUAGCCAAACCAGAGGGAAAACCUGUUGUGCAACUAUUUCUAGCGAUUAAAUUCGCCUCCUCCGCAGCCAUUGACUACAGCGCCGGCUCCUUAAAAGUACAACCAGAGUAACAAAGAGAGACUUAGCAAGACAGAGAGAGAGAGAGAAAGAGCAAAACACGAGCAGCAUCUUUUCAUAAUGGCACCCAAGAAAGAGUCAACCUUGAGUCAACAGCAGCAGCAACAUCAUCAUCAGCAGCAGCAACAGCAGCCUGUCAUGGAUCUCGAAAGGAUUAAACGACACUUCAGUUGGUCGGAUCCAAGUGCCAUCGUCUCCACAGACUCCGUUAUGACGGCCACAAACAACGAUGGUGGCACACAGCCAAAUUCGGUUGCCGUUUGGGGCGCACCGGCGGCGGGACCGCGAAACACACAGGCAGCAGUUUCAGUGCGGCACGCCUUUAAGGCCUAUGGCAAGAAGAAGAACGCCAAUCAGGUGUUGAACAAUUUGAAUAUGACGGUGCCCAAGGGCACAAUUUAUGGCCUGCUGGGUGCCUCCGGCUGUGGCAAGACCACACUGUUGUCCUGCAUUGUGGGACGACGUCGCAUGGAUUCCGGCGAGAUAUUCGUGCUGGGCGGCAAACCUGGCACUCGGGGAUCGGGUGUGCCCGGCAAGCGUGUGGGCUACAUGCCCCAAGAGAUUGCACUUUAUGGUGAGUUCUCUAUACAGGAGACCAUGAUGUACUUUGGCUGGAUCUUUGGCAUGGAGACCAAGGAGAUUCUAGAGCGUUUGCAAUUCCUGCUCAACUUUCUUGAUCUGCCGUCCGAGAAACGUUUGGUGAAGAAUCUCAGCGGUGGUCAGCAGCGUCGUGUUAGCUUCGCUGUGGCUCUUAUGCAUGAUCCGGAACUGCUCAUUCUGGAUGAGCCAACGGUGGGUGUGGAUCCAUUGCUGCGUCAGAGCAUCUGGAAUCAUUUGGUGCACAUCACAAAGGCGGGCCAAAAGACGGUGAUCAUCACAACACAUUACAUUGAGGAAGCUCGCCAGGCACACACGAUUGGUUUAAUGCGUUCUGGACAUUUGCUGGCUGAGGAAUCUCCCAGUGUGCUGCUCUCCAUGUACAAGUGCAUCAGUCUGGAGGAAGUCUUCCUCAAGCUGUCGCGUAUUCAAAGCCAAAAGGGGGAUGUAACACACGUCAACUUCAGUAACAACAUCUCGUUGCAUGCCAUGGCCUUUGGCAGCAAGAUGGAUAAACCCAGCUCCAGUCAAGAUGGCGGCGUUGUUGGCCUUAAUUUCCACCAGAGCAAGGAGGUGCUCAUCAACGACAGCAAUGGCUCCAUUUACACGCUUAACCAGGAACCCUACAGUCCGCCUCCGUCGAAGCGUCAGAAUAAUCCCAACGAUGAGGAGAGUUGCCAGGAUUGCUUUGCCGAUCUCUGCAAGGUCACCUCCAAAGGCAAAAUACGUGCGCUGCUCACCAAGAAUAUGUUACGUAUGUGGCGGAAUGUGGGCGUGAUGCUCUUCAUCUUCGCCCUGCCCGUCAUGCAGGUGAUACUCUUCUGUUUGGCCAUUGGCCGUGAUCCACAGGGCCUUAAUAUAGCCAUUGUUAACAACGAAAUGAACAACACGGACACUUGCUUCUGGGAGGAUGGUUGUCAUUUUGCCAACUUGGGCUGUCGCUAUCUGAAUCAUCUGAAUACGAGCGUCAUAAAAACAUAUUAUACGGAUAUCGAGGAUGCAAAGGCGGCAGUGAGACGAGGCGAUGCCUGGGGAGCUGUUUAUAUAACGGAGAACUUCACCGAUGCCUUCACAGCACGCGCUGCAUUGGGACGAGAUUCGGAUGACGAGACCAUUGAGCAGUCCGAGGUUAAGGUGUGGCUGGACAUGUCCAAUCAACAGAUUGGCGUUAUGCUUAAUCGCGAUAUACAGUUGGCCUAUCGUGACUUUGCCAUGGGAUUGCUGGGACAAUGUGGCAACAAUCCUAAGCUGGGCGAUGUGCCCAUUCAAUUCCGUGAGCCCAUCUAUGGCACCAUGAAUCCAUCCUUUACCGAUUUCGUUGCACCUGGCGUGAUAUUGACCAUUGUAUUUUUCUUGGCUGUCGCUUUGACGUCAUCGGCGCUGAUCAUCGAACGCACUGAGGGUUUGCUGGAUCGUUCUUGGGUUGCCGGCGUCUCUCCGGGUGAGAUUCUCUUCUCGCAUGUCAUCACCCAGUUCGUGGUCAUGUGCGGACAGACAGCUUUGGUGCUCAUCUUCAUGCUGGUCGUCUUUGGCGUGACCAACAAUGGAGAUCUCUUCUGGGUGAUUGUGUUGACCCUGUUACAGGGCAUGUGUGGCAUGUGCUUCGGUUUCCUCAUCUCCUCCGUUUGCGAACUGGAACGCAAUGCCAUUCAACUGGCACUGGGCUCCUUUUACCCAACUCUUCUACUCUCGGGCGUCAUUUGGCCCAUUGAGGGCAUGCCGGUGGUGCUGAGAUACAUCUCACUGUGCCUGCCCCUGACGUUGGCCACAUCCUCACUGCGCUCGAUUCUGACGCGAGGUUGGGCGAUACUCGAGGCGGAUGUAUAUAUUGGAUACCUGAGCACAUUGUCCUGGAUUCUGGGUUUCCUGGUGCUGACGCUGAUCGUGCUGCGCGCCAAGCGCGGUUAGAGCUCGCCCUAUUCGGGGGAUUUACAUUUUAGUGAAACUAAUUUUAAAUAUUUACUUUUAGUUUCCAUUUAGUCUAGGACUAGGCCGCUUUUAGUAGUCAUCCUCCUAAUUCCUCCUUAGUUGUUUAAAUCCCAGAGGUCACUCGGCGAGUUUCUAUAAUUUGCUUUCACUUUUAUGCUCUUCUUAUUCUAUGUUUCUGUCACCCCUCUCGAUCUAUAACUAAAAAUGUCAUAAAUUAUUUAAGCACAUAUGCGAUGUCUCUCUAUUUUCAUUUUUAAUUUGCAAGUUUUUCCUUAUUUUGUAAGUUGUGCACAUUUUUCGUAGUUUAAUUUUUAAGGUUUAGGUACAUAAAUAAAUUGUUGUAAAUAUUUAGAGCUGCAACGCUAUCACAAAGCAUAUCCAAUAAUUAGCGAUGUUGCGUGUCAAAUUUCAUUUGCAAACCCCUUUUCAGAAUUUGAUUUUUCUUUUUAAAAUGGGCAAAAAGCACACAACCUAAUUUUAUAUAUUUUCAAUGGACUGUGAUUGUACUACGUUUUUUUUUGUUUUAAUAUUGCACAUAAAUUCAAGUUGGAACAAACCUGAAGAAAAAUGACAAAAAUCAGAAGACAAA